AUGUCACUUAAGAGAGAAGAUUCAAAUAGCAACCAGAACCAGCAAGUAGCUAAUUUAAUCAAGAAUGCCAUAAAAGGAGCAGAUAUCCCAGAGGAAGAAUACUCUGCAAUUAAAAUAACAGCAAUUGAAAAGGAAGGCAUCCUUACCACAACAGUUGCCGUUUCCGAGAGUAUCAUGACUGCCAUGAAGAAACAGAAAAUGGCACUCAUUGAGAAGAUGGAAAGCAUUCUGAAUGGAACUGUGUUCAUAAUUAGAGAUAGAAUAGUGCAAGAAGCCAUCGGCAAGGGAGGAAAAACAGUUAUACAGUCCCCAAUCACACACACUGCAUACCAGGAGAAAGUAGUUAAUGAUUUAGUCGCACCAUCCCACAUCGUAGACAGAAGAACCGUUGUAAGAGAGGAUGGGUCAAAGCUUGAGAAGAUGAUAAUUGAUGCAAAGCACAAGGCAGAGGCAUCAAACAGAUUUGAGCCAAUGAGAGUGGUGUUUGAGGAGAUGUUUGGAAAGAAGGCACUUUUCCUGGCAAAUUACUAUUAA